GGCGCGGCCGGGUUCGAGCGAGCGCAGCGGCCCGGCCGGCACCAUGGGCUGCAGGUUCUGCCUGGCUUUUGUGCUGGCUGCUCUCCCCAUAGUGGCUGCUAAUGAAGAAGUACUUCUGGUUCACCAGGACUCCUGGGCAGACUUCUGGCUGUUCCGUUUUUUGGUUAAUGCUGCAGGUUAUGCAAGCAUUGUGGUGCCAGGUUUUUUGCUUAUACAAUACUUCAAGAGGAAGAAUUACCUUGAAACAGGCCGUGGUCUUUGCUUUCCACUGAUCAAAUCAUGUGUGUUUGGUAAUGAGGCCAAAUCAGUACACCAGGAUGAAGUAUUGUUGGCAACACGGAAUGAGACUGUAGAGUCCUCCACAGCCCGACAGGUUUUUAAGCUGCUAUUCUGUGCAACCGGCCUACAGAUCUCUUACCUGACAUGGGGCGUCCUCCAGGAGCGUGUGAUGACCAGAACCUAUGGAGCAACGGAGUCAGACCCUGGCGAGAAGUUCAAGGAUUCUCAGUUCCUGGUCUUCAUGAACCGGAUUCUAGCUUGCACAGUGGCCGGCCUCUACUGUGCUCUGACCAAGCAGCCCCGUCACGGUGCUCCCAUGUACAAGUACUCCUUUGCCUCGCUCUCCAAUAUUCUCAGCAGCUGGUGUCAGUAUGAGGCACUCAAAUACAUCAGCUUCCCUACCCAGGUGCUGGCCAAAGCCUCCAAGGUGAUUCCAGUCAUGCUGAUGGGCAAGCUGGUGUCACGCAAGAGCUACGAAUACUGGGAGUACCUGACAGCAGCACUUAUCUCUGUGGGUGUCAGCAUGUUCUUGCUGUCCAGUGGUCAUGACAAGCACCAUUCUACCGUCACCACCUUCUCUGGUGUCGUCCUCCUGAUUGGCUACAUUGUCUUUGACAGCUUCACAUCCAACUGGCAGGAUGCCCUCUUCACCUACAAGAUGUCCUCAGUGCAAAUGAUGUUUGGAGUGAAUGUCUUUUCGUGCCUCUUCACCGUGGGCUCGCUGCUGGAGCAGGGUGCCUUACUGGAAUCAGUGCGCUUUAUGGCACGCCAUUCUGAGUUUGCGGCUCACGCCGUGCUUUUGUCAGUGUGCUCAGCCUUUGGGCAGCUCUUCAUCUUCUAUACCAUCAAUCAGUUUGGAGCAGCGAUCUUCACCAUCAUCAUGACUUUGCGCCAAGCCUUUGCCAUCCUCCUUUCCUGUCUUAUCUAUGGCCAUGCAGUCACCGUGGUAGGUGGGCUGGGCGUGGCCGUGGUCUUCAUAGCACUAUUCCUCCGCGUCUAUGCUCGCAGUCGUAUGAAGAAGAGAGCUAAGAAACCAGCUGUUGGUGAAGGCACAGUGCAAAAGGUUUAGGGGCUGCAAAGUAAGUGCCACUAAACUCCCACCAGACCAUAAGCACUUGCUGAAUUGUUCUCAUAAACCAGCAAGGAGCUGGAAAGGGAGAAAUGUUGAUAUUUCUCUCCCCUGCACCCUGUCGAAACGAUUCAUCUUAGAAAAAUACUGCUGGGAUGGGCUUGCAAGACUUGAGGGGUGCUUUCCUUCUGUUGUCUUGUAUCUCAGCACUUCUCUGCUAAAUAAGACAAAAGAGUUAUUGAGAUCCCUUUCCCAGUGAAGGAGUGCAGGUGAACCUAAUGCCUGCCUUGACUCAUGGUAUUUUUAUGGGAGAAUGUCUAUUUAUAAUGAAGGCUUUCUUGGGAUUUUUUGCUGCAACUUCCCUUCUGCUUAUCAUCUGAUUCAUAAGGGAAUAGCAAGAAUAAGACUUUUUAAAUGCCCAGUGGAAAAAACACUCAAAAACUUCAUGAGCUAAGCUAGCAGCUGCUAAAGCUCUAGCCACUUGGUCUCAAAAUGGAUAAUAGCUUUCCUUAAAUCAUAGUUUCUCAUUUUCUGCCUCAGCAUGCCCACCUGGUUUGUUUGUUUGGUUUGCCCCACUGUUGAACUUCUCAGACUGUGCGCUACUGUUGAACAUUUCAGACUGUGUACCGUUUCCCAGUGUCGUUUGGUUCUUACCCUCAGUUAGCUGUGCAUCAGCUAUCCUCUGCUCUCACUGCCUUGAACUACAUCCCAGAACCCCUUGUGACCAGCGUCAGGGUGCUUUCCUGGGAUUUAUGGUUGCUGCAAACAGUUUAGAAAAGCACAAAUGUUGCCUUUUUGAAACACCUCCCUUUGGAACUAUUUCAAGGUUUCUUCCUUCUCUUGGCAAUGUGGUAUAUGAAAGCUUAUCCCCGGAGAACAGGGAUGGGGAACUGGUGGCCCUCCAAAUACUUUGGCCUAUAAAUCCCUCAUCACUAUUCCAGGACUGAUGAGGAGUUGUAAGCCAAAACAUCUUGAAAGCCAGAAGUUGCCCACAUCCGUCACAGAAAAAGAAUGUGCACCCCAGUCUCCCCCCCACCCCCCAAUAGCUUUACUCAGGUUGUUGGGACAUACUCUGUUCAUGCUGGGAGUCAGCCAUGGUGGAAGCAGUGUGCCCAAUCUGCCUGGGUUUUCCUUGCAAACUGAGAAUGUGUCCUAGAAACUUUGGGGAAUGUCAGCGAGAGUUCUGAAGCACACAUCUAUUUUACAGGGGAAGCCAGCAAUACUGGAACCAUGGUGGGUGGCCUCUGAUGGCCAUAGCAAUUGCCUGACUUUGCCCUUUGCAUUGUAGCCUCUUCUUGGGGCCAGUAGAUAACAGCUCUUGAACUGUGUGGGGCAGGAGUGUUCAAUUGCUAGAGGCUGAACCUUUUUGUCUUUUUCCACAUGCAGCUACUGUCAGACCUGGAUGUAGGACUGGAGUUGCUUUUGCCAACUCCACCCAGAAAAUCUGGGUGUUACCCAUUUCACUUUUAUUGCCAAGCUGAUACUGGACAGGGGAAAUGUUUUGGUACUCUUGGAACAUGACUCUUAUUUUAUUAAAUUUAAAAUAUGCUGCAAAGAAA